GAGGAAAAACAUUUUCAUUGGUGCUGCAUAUGCAAAAGCUCGGAGGAAAGAGUUGUCACCCUUUUUAUCAUUGCAAGGUGGUAUUGUGCUCAAGUAGUAUUCUCUGUUAGGCUUGGUGUGGGUGAUGCCAAGGUCAGUGAGGCAAAUGUUGUGUAUGUGGAAAGGAAUUCAGGUUCUGUGGAAGCUUCAGAUACUGUGGGAUAUAGCUUCUCUGUCUCAUAUGGGACUAUUUGGACAGACAGGAACAUGAUCAUGAAGGAAUUGAGAUACCCUGCACAAGUUUACACGUGA